ACGGGCCGCUACGAAAAAUAGUAAUGGUGCAUAUGGAGUUUAGAUCAAAAUAUUGUUUAGUUUUGUUGUUUGUCAUUUCGUCUUAGUUCCUGUGGCUCUUUUAAAACUAUACUGUUGGUAGCUUGUUCUCUUAAAUUUUUUAAAAGUCUUAACCAAUGUCAAGAUUAAAUACCAAGACCGAGUUGCUGCGGGAAUUCCUUGAUAAGACUGCCGGCCAUUCAUUAUUAAAAGGAACAAAAUUACUUAACCUUCACAAAAACCUGGAAAAGCUCUUCAACUCGGAUUCUAGUGUGCGGCUUAAAUUUUCCCAAAACUUUUUCUACGCGAAUCUUUGUCAAGUGUGCCAUAGGAAUGCAAAGGAUUCUACUUUAAAGAGAUGCUCCGCAUGUAAAAUGAUUUAUUAUUGUAGUAAGACGCAUCAAGUUGAACACUUUCCUGUGCACAAGGAAUUUUGCAGAGCCGCUGCAACUUUACAAAAAGGUGUGGUGGGAUCAAGCUUUUUCAGUAUUUUACGCGAAUUCGGUGAAGAAGAUAACUGGAAUUGGAAAAUGGCCAUUAUAAAUCUCAUGGAGAAGUAUCUGAAACGAAAGUUGAUUCCCUUUGAGAAGGAGAUGAUACUUUAUCCAAAAGCUUGCUUAGAGUGCCAGGAAACAGACGUAGAUGUUUUAAAAAGUUGCGACAAUUGUCCACAUGCAAACUUUUGUCAAAAGCACAGAAAUACAGACCAUGAAGAAGGCAAGUGUACGCUGUAUUCAUUUUCCUGUAUAGUGGAUUGUUAUUCACUUUUGCCGUCGAAAUCUAGGGAAAAAGAAAUACUAAGAGAUAUUUCCAAUGUAAUGAAAGUCUUCAAAUAUAAUGAAAAGACUCCCCUUUCCAUGGCAGAAUUUGUUGCCUCUUUUUAUGACAUAUACAUCCACGUACAACCCAAUUCCGACAUUAUUUUCGCACAAGUCAGCGAUUAUUUUACACAACCGCUCACCUUGUUUUACGCACUCAAGAAGUUGAAUUAUCCCGACAAAAAAGAGAUUGUGAUUCAUGUAAUUGGAUCGACACUGUCAGAAUUAGAUAAUUGUUUAUCGUGGGAUAUUCUUCUUCACUGGAUGAACACUUUGGACGUACUGACGGUGGUUCUUAUUGGGCCAGAUUGUCAAGACACAAAAUCAAUAUCCGUAUCUUGUAGAGAAUGUAAAUUUAGAGGCAAGAAUGUUCAAGUCCUUUGUUAUAAUGGGCUCUACACGGAUUUUUAUCAUAGUCAUCUCUUCAAAAAGCCAGAUGUAAUGAUGGGGUUCCAUCUUGCUUUUUUCGGUGGAGAUGCUUGGAAGGAAUCGCUUUUGAUGUUGAGUAAACUAAAAUGUCCACUUGUUUUAACGAUUUUCAAAUGGAGAAUGGAAAAGGAUCACAAACGUCUCUGUGAAUAUUUUGAUAAAAAUAUACGACACGUGUUUAAGGGAGAUAAUCCUUUCAAAGGAUACAGUCCACAGCGAGACCCUGGAGCAGGCGGUUUUUUGUUCAAAAAUGGUCUUGUGGCCAUUUAUGACGAAUUUUGGGGAAAUCCUGAUGUUAAUCAUCCCAUUUAAAUCAGACUCAACUUCUGAUUCUAUUCAAUCAGAUAAUCUGUAUUUAUCAGAUUUUCUUCGCGACUAAUCACCAAAAUUACCAAGAAGAAGUAAAAUCAACAAUUUUUAUCCUGUAUGAUAAUAAUCUUAUUUAUACUUUGUAUCAUAUGACAUGGUUUGCUUUAAUCUUUACAGUAUUUAUAAUAAAACGAGGGAUAAAAGG